AUAGCAAAAUCAUUGGAGCUUUUAGAGUACUACGCACUUUACGUAACUAGACUGUAGUCACAGUAAUGGCGUCUGUGCUAGAGAAGCUCUGUGGUCUAUCAACAUGAAGCGAAGGAGGGGUUCCUUGUAGUAAUUUCAGGCCUUUAACGAGGUUUCUUUAAGCAGGCUAUAUACCAAUAGCAGCGGUCCUCUCAAGAGACUCGAAUUUUAAUUUUCUCUAACGAAAUGAUGAAGUUGAAGUCGAACCAGACUCGCACCUACGACGGAGAUGGCUACAAGAAACGCGCCGCCUGUCUGUGCUUCAGAAGUGAGAGUGAGGAGGAGGUGUUGUUGGUGAGCAGCAGUCGACAUCCAGACAAGUGGAUUGUCCCUGGCGGGGGAAUGGAACCAGAAGAAGAGCCCAGUGUGGCUGCAGUUCGGGAAGUGUGUGAAGAGGCUGGAGUCAAGGGGACAUUAGGCCGAUUAGUAGGAAUUUUUGAGAACCGAGACAGGAAGCACAGAACAUACGUCUAUGUUCUCAUCGUAACCGAGGUCUUGGAGGAUUGGGAGGACUCUGUAAAUAUUGGGAGAAAAAGGGAAUGGUUCAAAACAGACGACGCCCGACGUGUGCUGCAGUGCCACAAGCCUGUGCAGGCCUCAUACUUUGAGGCCCUUCAGCAGGACUGCCUGACCAGCAAUGGGACAACCCUCGUAGCCACCUACAACAUCAAUCAGAGCUCCCUCUCGGGUAUCAGAUAACUAAUACAACAACAACAACAAGCACAAUAGCAAACAACAAAACAACAAGAAAACUUCAGGAGAGGCCUCCAAUUCUCUACUCUUUUUUUCUUAUUUAGUCCAGUUCGGCUCUCUACUCUUCUUCCUUCCUCUCCUACUCUUCAUACUACUAGUGCUACUUCCUAUUCUGUUUCUUAAAAAAAUGAAAAAAACUUCAAGUACACACUGAGUACAACACCAACAGCAAAAGAUGUUUGCCUUGCCAGCCUUCUGGUGCCAGAGUGAACGUACUGACUUCAUGCUGGACGAAGACGUUAUUACUUUGUAAAUGGAAUGUUAAGAAAUUUUUUCUUGCCCUUUUUCUUCUUAUGAAAAAUUGCAUGAAAUGUCCCACUUCCCUCAUCCUCUUUAACCCCUAACAUCUUCCCAAACGCAAGGUUUGUUGAAUGCAACUUCUGUGUUACUGUCUUGUUAUAAAGUAGUGGUAUGAGCCUGAUGCGUUAUGAAGAUACUUUUAUAGGGUCUUUUAAAACAUUUUAUGUUCUUUUUUCCCCUUCUUUUUUUCUAUUGUUUUUUCCUCUGUCAUCUCCUGUAGAUAUGCUCUUCAUAUGUCUGUGUGAAUGGGUUCCUGGGGAAGUGUUUUUAUUUUUUUGUUGUUGUUGCAUGAGCACGGGUAUUCAAUUGUCUUACCAUAAAAAAAAAAAGUCUUAUAUUUGCGGUAUGUGAUUGGAGAGAAAAUAAGAUUAUUGUGCACAUGUAAUUGCUCUGAUUUGAUGCUAAUUGGACAUUUACAGUUGAAUUGAAAGUAGUAGAGGGUCAUUUUCCUUUUGUUCUAAACCCUCUCCAAAUUUAUUGUUGACUCUAAACUUGGCUCUUGCUGUGAAAUCGAAGUCACAAACAUCUGAUUCAUGCCCUGUUUUUGGUGAAAGUCACGUCAGUCCCUCUGCAGUUGUCACUAUUACAGUAUUAAUCAAUCACAGUGUACACUUUUGUAUUGAGGAGGGUGCAAAAUAAUUGUUCAUUAAAUUAAACUAAUACUUCUUUAGCUUUGAAAGGUUUCAGGAUCCGAUGCACCGAAAAUACAAGAUGUCCACAGUGGUAUUACUUAAGCUCCUCACUGUUCUGAGAUUUUGAUUUUUUUUAUUUUAUAUAUAUAUGGUCGUUGAAAUUAGAUGUGUGAAAAAUAAUGCAUAGGAGGAGUAAUGAUUUGAUUUAGUAUAGAUACACAAUUUCCCUGACCAUUUAUGUCACCAGUCUUUUUUUGGCUUAAACCCAUUAAUCCAGCUCAGCUUUUUUGUCUAAUUCCUUUAGAGGUCUUUCAAGGUCAAGGUUUAUGAACUGAAGUAGUUAUAUUCAACCGGCCAUUAUUUCAAACUUUUAAACCUGUUUCAGAUUCUAAAAAUAUUUUUGAUGACCACUAACAAGCAAACGACGACAACAACAAAAAAAAGUACAUGAAUAGCGAUGAGCCUUAUGUGUUAUUCAGACCCAUUGGUUGGUUAAGUCCUUUUUCUAUCUCCGUGUGGGCAGGACUUAGGUGGUGCUGGGCCUGCAUGGUAUGUUUGUUGCAUAGUAGUUGUUCAUACUGUAUGUUCAACUGCACUUGCUAAAACAAUGCCUCUACAUAGUACCUACACACCACAGUCUUGGUCCUCACAUGAACAUUACCAACCCCCAGUUCCUCACCCAUCCUGUUGUUUUACUCAUGUACUUAUCUGUAGCAUAAUUAUUUAUUUAUUUUAUUAGUAUUACAAUGAUUAUGGCCGAUGAUGAAGAUUUACUUGUCUACUAUAACGUGACCACUUGGAGUGUGUGUGUGUGUGUGUGCGCGUGCGUGCGUCCAUGUUUUGUUUGAUGGUAUUUGUGUGUAUGAUGGUCAGUUUGUGUCUGUUCUGUGUGUGUGUGUGGCUUGGUGAGGUGACUUGUGCUCAUGCCAGGGAACGGGUGAGAGGGCAGCCAACUCAAUGGGGCAGUGAAAGCACUCGGCUGCGUUUUGGUCUUCUCACACGGCACAUGAUGGGGAUAGACACAGUUUGCUUUUUACAUGGUUUCAGCCAUUUUGAUAUUCAAAUCAAAUGUUUACACUGUGAUUGUAGUAGUCUCCCAUCGAACACUGGAUAUCUCUGGUUAUUUUUUGACUAGAUAAAUUUGAUCUCUUGGAAGGCACUUUUCUUAUUUUUGUCUUAACAAUAUUUCUAGGUAUUUUGUUUGUAAUUUAUAUUUCUUGAUAGAUCAAAUGCUUAUGUGGACACCCUUCUCAAACAUAAACUGAUGAAUUUGAACUUUUCCCACAAUUUACCAUAUUACAUAUUAUUUUCAUGUUUUUAAUCUAAAUUUUAUUUCAACCUGACUGUUGAAGUCAGACAAAAGUGAAAAGAAUGUGAGCUUGUAAAAUAAUUUCCCAACUAAAUAUUUGUCACAGCUUAUGCAGUUAUAACUGCUUUAUAUAUUCUAAUGGAUAGGGUCCUUGCUGCAUAUAGUAGAGCAAAAUAGUUUCACCAUAUUCCCUGCCAAGUUUCUCUUUACCCAUACUGAGAAACACAUCCCCAUUGCAUGUCUGAAGACAAAAGUUCAUAACAUGGAAUAUGGGCUAUCUUGCAGUUGUACCAGCUUAUAUCCACAGCAAUCUAAUUUGUGAAAUAUUUGUAGGAAAUUGUAAACUGUACUGGUUUAAAAGAGGAAUUGGUCCAAAAAUGGAUUGGAUCCUGCUUCUGGCACCAAGUCAAAAACAAGGAGAUAGUGUCUGCUUGCUGCCGUAUCGGUAAUCACAAACAGCUGGUGGUUCACCAGGACAUUAUAUGUAAAUGAGCUAAAAAGAAAAAAAGGUUAACUUAGAUUCUCACAACAUAAGAUUUAUCACAGCAUUUAAUCAAAACCUUAUAGAAGAGAACAUUCAAACAUUAUGUCUGUUUGUAGUUUUACUUCUCACUGGUCAGGAAGGAUUUUUAAAGCGGUGAAGGUCUCAAGCACAUUUCAUACACGGGCGCAAAAAAAACCCCAGAAAAGUGUGACUGGUCCUCUGGAGAGGAAGUAUGAUAGAGGCAAUGUUUCCCUAUAACCACCAUAAAAAGGUCCGCCCAUAACUAAGCUACUAUCUCACUUAAAUGAUUCCACAUUAUCAUGAUGUUGGUGAUAUCCGUUAUCUGCUUCAUCUUGGAGAAUCCAAAUAUCACAUUGGCUCCAUGACUGUUGGUCUGGUAUUUCAAAAUAUGGGAAAGAUGGUGAGCUGAUUUAUGACCACUGUAAUCAUUGUCAUUCAUACAUCUGGACAAGAGACAUUCAUCAAGUAAUUUAUCCUAAAAGCAAGUAGUUUGAAAAGCCAAUGGAUCCCCCCCCAAUUAGUCUAGACACAAUUUACUGGUCUGCAUGCCAGUAGAGUCCAGUAUAGUGUGUCUGUUCUCAGUGAAAUACAAAACACAAUAAAGGAUUCAAAUGAUUGUUCUCAGUUAAAUACAAAAUCCCCCCCAAAAUUGGUAGAAUUUAAGGGUGACCAACUCAUUCGCAUUCUUUUCAGUUACUUAUUUUGUGCUACAUGGACAAGCAAAUUCCAUUGAUGGAUCUCCAGGGGUCUGAGUUUUAUGUGUUAUUUUUCUAUUUAAUUCACCAUCCUUGAAACAUAUAAUAUAAAGUAUUGGAUGUUACUUUAACAUAGACAUUUUGAUAAUUAAUGCAUCUAAUCCACUGUGAAAUGUAACAUGGACAAGUUUCUAAUUUGAAAUAAUUCCGUUACAUCAUAUUUAGUUGAAUUAAGAGCACACAAUAAAAUACUGACAUCUACAGGAAUACAGUGGGUAGUGCACUGUAUCUUGAAGGAGUAAGCCACAAAAUGAAAGCAGUAAACUGCUAGCAUACACAUGUGCCAAUAAGCUCUUUAUGUAUACUGACUCGGCAGUUUAGUAAUAGUAAUUGUGUGAGACAAUAAUGUGGUUAACCAGACUUAUUCAUACAACUUAUUUGUUUCUUUCCACUCUUAUCCAUUUUGCCACAUUUUCACCCUGUGGGAUUCUGAUGGAGUUGCUUGUUCUAGUUUUUUUUUCCCCUGAAAUCCAUGUGGCCUUUCUCCUUAACAGGUUCACAGUAAAGUAAAAAUGAACUCAUUCAAAUGCUCAUGAUUAGCCUCAUGUUUUCAGAGAGUCCAUUAAGCAGAAUAUUGUAUCUGUAGAGCACUUCAUCUAGUACAUAAUAAUAUGGUCUUGUUAAGGUAACUUCAAAUCUUUGUCCCAUAUCUGUAAUUGUUUUGAUAACUAGGAGCACAAAUCCAUAAUAAUUACAUUGUUUCAUAAGUGUUCAGAUAAAUCAAGGAGUUUUGUAAAAUGGUACCCUUGAAUCUCUUCAGAAACGUGAAGCUUUUAGUUGCUCCAAUCAGAUUACACUGAGGUAAUUCCACCUGUUAUAAGUCUUUGUGUAUAGUUAUACUUGAUGGGCAUAAUCCAACAUUCAGCACAUUUCUCAGUGAAUUGGUUGAUUAUAAGAAGAAGCUUGUCUUCACUGGCAGCAUUUCACAUGGUGAACAUUUGAAGCAUACACAUGUCAAAAUUAUGUGUAGAAAUGUUUUAACAUUGCAGAUUGUCAAUAUGAAAAGACUCAUGAUUGUGGUUGUAAUCCAUCUUCUCCCAUCACAUUGCUGGGUCAAUAUAUAUAUAUAUAUAUAUACCAACAAAAAUAUAAUUGGAACUGUACUCUCGAUCAGGGCAGUUAUAGUGACUGAACAUGUACAAUCUGUUUAAACGUGUCCUCCAUGGUUGACCUACAUGAAAAUGGUCAUCCAAAAAAGCAGUUUUCAGUCUCGCACUGAUCACACAGCUGUCCCUAUGGACCUUUUCCACAGAAGCCAUGACCUGGAAUAUGUGUCAGGCCAAGGUAACUAAUGACAUUAAUUAAGGUUCUGAUUCUGCUACACUUAAACUGAACAGAGACUUCACUGAGGUGUUUUGUAACCCCUGUGCUACCGGGUCAAAUGGCUGUUGUGAAAAAGGGCCAUAGCACUUCUGCCUUUGUGAGCACCAUGUUGGAAAUUACACGACACAUAAGAAAAUUUAAAAAAAGUCCUGUUGUACUUGCAGUUUUGUAGUCAUCCUCAACAGUAGUCAUUGCUCUGGAGACUGGGAGAUGAACCAUCAACCCUAAUGGUGACAGACAAAGGCUCCUUUACAAACUGAUUCAAUGACACAAGUAAUACAAGUCUGGAACUUUUAGCUUUCUCCAUUUGAAUCACGUGGUACCUCACCCCAUCUAGGGGUGGUUUACUGAAACAAGAUUGUCAUAAAGCAAUUUUCUUUUCCUGAUUCACUUGUGUUGCUCUACUGUUGCCAGAGAUUGAGUAAAGGGACAGGUUUUACAUAUCCAUUAAUUAUUUCACUGAAUUCGUUGAAGUCCCCUUACAACAACAAUCUGUCACCUGGAAAAUGUAAUAUAUAAAAAAAUAAACUCUUAAUCCCUUUUUAUUACUAUAGAUCAAACUGUUAUGAAAGGACUAAAGAUUGUAAAAUAGUUGUGCCAACAAAUAAAAGAAACAGUAUUUCAUAA